AUGCUUGAAUUCGAGGGCAGCAGCUUGUUCCGCCAUCAUAUUGUCUGCAGCUUACUAACCAACAAACCGGUCCGUAUUUCAGGUAUUCAUGACGAGGAUGAGCCGCAAGGAAUUCAGGUGGUUGAGGCGAACUUUCUUAAAUUUAUUGAUCGCGUGACUAGCGGUUCCAAGUUCGAGUGUACUGAUAACAAUACCACACUAACAUUUUACCCUGGUAUUAUCCUUGGUGGAAAUUUUUCCCACGAGGUUCCUAGCAGUCGUUGUGUGAGUUACAUCGCCGAGGUCGCUGUUCUUCUUCUUCCCUUUGCCAAGCUGGAUACAAGACUGACAUUGGUGGGCUCGACGCAGAGUGAGCUGGACCUCUCCGUUGACACCUUCCGAACUGUGACCACACGCUGGCUCCAGCUCUUCGGUGUAGAAUGCAAUGUGCGCAUCAUACGGCGUGGUGUGCAUCCAGGCGGGGGUGGGGCCAUUGACCUACAGUGCAAGGCUGUGAGAAAGCUGACUUCGGCGGAUGCAGCAACGCAAGGGCGUGUGCGCCGCAUUCGUGGUAUUUCUUUUGGUUGUCGUAUUGCAGCCGAUCUUGCCCAGAGAGCCGCCACGGCAGCAAAGGGUGUUCUCUUGAAUCUUCUCCCCGACGUCUACGUGGUAACAGAUUUAGACAACUCCAAGAGGCCGCAUGGGGAGUCGUCAAGCGGCUACGGUGUCCUUCUAGUGGCCGAAACAACAAGCAAGCACUGUGUUAUCUCACAAGAAGCAGUUGCCGCGCCACAGGAACUCCCUGAAGAUGUCGGUAAGCGUGCAGCAGAACUGCUUCUCGAUCAGGUGCUCAGCGGUGGGUGCGUGGAUGCGCAUCAUCAGAUGCUUGUAUUGAUUCUUAUGGCCCUCAGCCCAGAUGAAGUGUCGACGGUACGGAUUGGCCAAAUGACCACAGGUGCGGUCUCUGCAGUGAUGCUAAUGGAAGCGUACUUCGGGGUGACGUGUGCAACUAAGGAAGAGCCAUCGCUAGCGGGAAAAGAACUCCCCUCCACGACUCUUAUCACUUGCGUCGGCAGCAAUACUAUCAACGUAUGGAAGAAGAGCGGGUAA